AGUGUGAUGUUCUGCGAAUAAUAUCCAAAGAUGUACAAGCUUCUACUCAUCGGCUUUCUCGCGUCGGCGUGCGCGCAGAACAUGGACACCGGGGAUCUGGAGUCGAUCAUUAAUCAGAUCUUCACAUCAGCGAAGCCCCCAACGCAACUGCAGCCGGUCACGCAGCCUAGUGUCGCUGACAGGGCUCCAUCGACCCUGGUGCCUGGCGUCUCUACGAACGAUGACCUUUCGUGCCAGACCUCCGACGGCCAAGAAGGGGAGUGCGUCAACUAUUACUUGUGCAAUGCGGCCAAUAACACCAUAAUCACUGACGGAACCAACGUCAUCGAUAUAAGAGUCGGCAGUGGCCCGUGUUCAUCGUACAUCGACGUCUGCUGUCUGGCUCCCGACCAGAGACCGCCAACAGAUCCCAUCACGCCCAGGCCGGAGACCCUGCCAAUGAACCAGGGCUGCGGCUGGCGGAACCCUGACGGCGUUGCCUUCCGGACCACGGGCGACGUGGACGGCGAGACCAAGUUCGGAGAGUUCCCCUGGAUGGUCGCCAUCCUCAAGGUUGAACCAGUCGAUGACAACGAGCCCGAAGGACAGAAGCUGAACGUUUACGUAGGGGGAGGCUCGCUGAUCCAUCCGAACGUGGUGCUCACGGCCGCUCACUACGUUGCCGCCGCCAAGGAACUGAAGAUCAGAGCCGGCGAAUGGGACACGCAGAACACGAAGGAGAUAUAUCCGUAUCAAGACAGGACAGUCAAGGAAAUCGUGAUACACAAGGACUUCAAUAAGGGGAACCUGUUCUACGACAUAGCUCUGCUGUUCCUCGAGACUCCAGUGGAUUCAGCCCCGAACGUGGGAGUGGCGUGUCUCCCACCGGCCAGGGAGCGCGCCCCCGCCGGCGUCAGGUGCUUCGCCACCGGCUGGGGGAAGGACAAGUUCGGGAAGGAAGGUAGAUACCAGGUCAUCAUGAAGAAGGUGGACGUGCCGGUCGUGGACCGGAACACCUGCCAGAGCCAGUUGAGGAGGACGCGGCUGGGGCGGUUCUUCCAGUUGCACUCGACGUUCAUGUGCGCGGGAGGGGAGCCCGACAAGGACACCUGCCGGGGGGACGGGGGGUCGCCCCUCGUGUGCCCCAUAGACUAUGAGAAGAAUCGCUAUGUCCAAUACGGCAUCGUAGCCUGGGGCAUAGGCUGCGGAGAGGACGGCACUCCAGGAGUUUACGUGGACGUCUCGAACCUGAGGACCUGGAUCGACGACAAGGUCGCCGGCAAGGGAUACGAUACUAGAUCCUACGAGCCCUAGAUCAAAUAAAAUUGUUUAAUAUGAAAUAAAUAUUUUUAAUGUAA